UGCUGUAGGGCAGCCCACGGCCCCCCAAACCCUCUGUAGUGCCCCCCUGUCCCUUUGCCCCCUCCUGCCCCCCGUCGCGGUGCUGGACGCUGGAUCCCCGACCCUCGCCCGCCUCCCCCCGUGGCCCCGGGGCUCAAGGUGUGGAUCCCCCGCGCCGGCCGGGGCUGUGACCGCYCGCCAUGGGGGUUAAAGCGAUGCUCCCCAGCUACGAGCUGGGCUUUUACGCUCUCGUGGUGACCUGCGCCGUGCUCUACAGCGGCAGCGGCAUCUUCGAGGCAUCCCGAGACAGCAUGAACAGAAAGGCCUUUCGGGAUGCCAUAAAGCCGGGCUGGCAUUACUUCGGCAGGAAGAUGGACGUGGCCGAUUUCGAGUGGGUGAUGUGGUUCACCUCGUUCAGGAACAUCAUCAUCUUYGCGCUCUCGGGGCACGUCCUCUUCGGCAAGAUCUGCUCCAUGACUGUGCCACAGCACCGGGCUGUGAUGUACAUGAUCUACGGGGUCCUGGCYGUGCUGGGCAGCAUGGGGCUGGUGUACCUCAUGAUCAUCCUGUCCCACUGCCUGCUCCUCUACUCGGUGGCGCUGGCCAAGCAGAAGUGGCUGUGCUACGUGGCCGGGCUCUGCUGCCUCGCCUCGUUCAAGGUGGAGCCAUUUGGCUCGUGGCAGAGCGGGUUUGUAACGGGGGCCUUUGAUCUCCAAGAUGUUCUUUUCUAYGGAGGGAGCACCUUCACCAUCAUGCGCUGCAUGAGCUUCGCCCUCGAGAGCUCCGACAGGGAAGAGGGCAUCUACUCCAUCUUCGACCUCCUCAAGUACAACUUCUACCUCCCAUUCUUCUUCUUCGGGCCUGUSAUGACCUUUGACCAGUUCCAUGCCCAGGUGAGCACCCGGGAGCUGCGGCGCAAGGACGAUGAGAUGAAGAACAUCCGAGUCAACGCCCUCCUCCACGUGGGGGCCAUCGUGGCUGUGGACAUCUUCUUCCACUUCUUCUACAUCCUCACCCUCCCUUCYGACCUGAAGUUCGUGAACCGCCUCUCGGACUGGUCCUUGGCUGGCCUGGCCUACUCCAAUUUGGUGUAUGACUGGGUGAAAGCUGCUGUCAUGUUUGGGGUCAUCAACACCAUCGCCAGACUGGACCACCUGGAGCCGCCCCAGCCCCCCAAGUGCAUCACCAUGCUCUACAUCUUYGCCGAAACGCAUUUUGACAGAGGGAUUAAUGACUGGCUGUGCAAGUACGUGUAUGACCACCUUGGAGAGAACCACGACAACAUCCUGAAGGAGCUGGUGGCCAGUGUCACCACCUUUGCUGUCACCACGCUGUGGCUGGGGCCCUGCGAGGUCGUUUACAUCUGGUCCUUCGUCAACUGCUUYGGCCUCAACUUCGAGCUGUGGGUGCAGAAGUUCUUCCAGCUGGGGCCCUUUGCCAAACUGGAGGCCAAACUGUCAGGGGCCAUGUCCAGGCGGAUCAGGGCAGCUUUUGGGGCCGUGAACUUCUGGGCCAUUGUCCUCUACAACAUCCCAGCACUCAACAGCGUGGACUUUGCACUGCUGGUGACCAAGAGACUCCUCGUGAUGGGUUUCCCUGUGAGCACCCUGUCCAUCUGGUUCAUCACGUACUGCGGGGUGCAGCUGAUCAAGGAGCGUGAGCGUGUCCUGGCCAUCCAGGAGGAGCACAAGGCCAAGGUGGAGUAGGGGAGGCGCCAGCAGGCCGGUCCCAAAGCCUGCUGACCCUUCCAGCCACUGGCCAGGGCUCCCCAGGCCCUCCCGACUGUCGGACUGCUGUAGCUCAUCCACGUAGAAGCACCUGGAAGACGCAGAUCACCCCUUGCUGCAGGGAGGUUUUUCCAUCGGGCACAGUGGGUGUUUCACAGGCUCCCUGGGUGUGGCAGGAUGCUGAGGCAGCUCCCRGGACGUUUCUCCAGUGCCAGAGCCAUCCCCAUCGUCUUCCUGACCCUCUGACGUCGUGCGGGCUCGGAGAUUUCACCCCCUGCUUCCCAGCACCAGCACUGGGCUCUCCCACAGCCCACAUCUCCCAGAGGAGACACUCCAAAUCCCAUGGCUGGAGGUUUUAGGGCCCUGCACUGCAGGGUCUGAGACYGACACGGCCACCACGACCACCCCGCCGUUACACGUGUCCUGGGACUCAAGCCAAACCCCACCUCUGUUGGUUUUAUAUGCCAUGGACAAAGGUCUAGGCUCACAUUCCUGCCCAUGGCUGAGGGACAGAAGGUGCUGUGGCCACCCCUUGYUCAUCUCCAGCCCCCCAUCCCUUUYCUCAGCUGCCUUUGGUGCGCACAGCCCACGGCUGCAGGGCUGGGUGGGCACACAGAUAAUCACAACCAAAGGAGGAAAACCCCGAAUGAAGGGCAGGGAUUUGGGGCUGGGUGGUGGAGGGAAAGCCUGUGGGAGACUCCUCCUCGGGGAUGUUGACUUUGGGAGAGUGUGAAAUACGGUGCCUUGGGGGAAGGGUGGGUUUGUAAGUGAAAAAUAGCUCUGGCUCUCUUGCACUUUAGACAACCCUCAGUGGCCUUAUGUCCGAGUUGUGUCCGUGCUGGCGAGGGCAGGCUCCAGACCCCUUUCCAACRUGGGUCGAGAUGCCUGGUGCAUCCCUGUGGGUGAAACAGGAUGGGUUCCCAGCCAGCUUUCAGCUCUGCCAAAGUGAUUUGUGAAGUCCCCGAUCAAUGUCACUUAUUUAUGUAGCGAAUAAAUG